AGGCGCAGCCCGGGAGAUGGCGGCGGCCGGAGCGGGCCGUCUGCGGCGGGCGGCGUCCGCCCUGCUGCUGGGCAGCCCGCGCCUGCCCGCCCGGGAGCUGUCGGCCCCGGCGCGGCUCUACCACAAGAAGGUUGUGGAUCAUUAUGAAAACCCGAGAAACGUUGGCUCCCUAGACAAGACAUCGAAAAAUGUCGGGACUGGACUGGUGGGGGCCCCGGCGUGUGGCGAUGUGAUGAAAUUGCAGAUUCAGGUGGACGACAAGGGGAAGAUCGUGGACGCCAGGUUCAAAACCUUUGGCUGUGGCUCAGCGAUCGCCUCCAGCUCUCUGGCCACGGAGUGGGUGAAGGGCAAAACGGUGGAGGAAGCCCUGACCAUCAAAAACACGGAUAUCGCCAAGGAACUCUGCCUGCCCCCCGUGAAACUGCACUGCUCCAUGCUGGCUGAGGACGCCAUCAAAGCUGCCCUGGCCGACUACAAGCUGAAACAAGAACCCAAGAAGGGAGAGGCCGAGAAGAAAUGAGCGCCAGGGCCAGCCCCAGCCCAGCCCGCCUGCAGCCCCCGUAGUCGCGCAGCAGCCCCCAGCACUGCCCCAGCAGAGCUCCGCCACGCGCACGACACCCGCUGCCCCGUCGUGCCUCGAGUCACCCGACACAGUGUCCGCGUGCUGAGUCCUGCGCUUCCUUCCCGUCCACUCCUCGCCUUAACGCAGCCCACAGCGAGUCCUGUGUGUGUCUGGCCACAGAACUGAAACCAGCAUCGCCUCCAGCUUUGACGGCUCACAAAGUGCGCACCCCCCUCCCCCCCGAACCUAGUCGGAGGGAGAUGACCAGCCCGCUCCCUUGGUGUGACGAUGUGUCAGAACCAGUUCCUGUACAUAAAGCAGACCAUCAUACACAUAUCAAUAAAAGAACGUGAGACAACG